UCUUGAGAGUAUAAGAUAAUAAUGCUAUCAAUUCUCAGAUAAAUUAUGGAGCUGAGUCCCCUUCAGAAGAUCGUCAAAAUCGAGGAAGUUCGUCAAGCCAUGAUGAAGAGUGCUGAGAGCACUAUGGGUGCAAUCCAUCCCGCCACUCGUAUCGACCUGAACAACUUCUAUAACAGCUGCACCGGAUGUCUGGCGGCAGUGAAACAGCUGCGGGGUUUGGGCAAUGCGACCAUAACUGAGACACUUUGGAAAGAAGUGAACACUUUUGCAGACCAUGCAGAGCUUCUGCGAGAGGAGGUGGUCAAAUUGGAUCCGAGUUACCAAAAUGACGGACCACUUGUGAAAUGUCUGGCUCGGAUGAUGAACAAAGGAGACACAGUUUUGCGGGAGGUGAGAAACCAGUGCAACUCCAAACUGCUGGACACUUUUGGGGACGACUGGAUGAACGAGACCAACGAGAGAUACGCCAAAGAUCUCAGUAUCGUCAUUAGGGAUAUUGCCCCGUGUGUCAAUUACUCCAGUGCGCGUAGUGCCAGUAGGACCAAAGCCGCAAAAGAGGCAUCUGCUAAAGCCCAGCAAGCGGCUGCUGCUGCUAAAGCCACCGUCACCGCCGCUAAGACUGCGUCCCCUGCAGCCGCGACUGUAAAUACGGGCGGUGGUGGUACUAGUAGUGCCACAGCCAAGACAGAAUCAAAACCGAUCUUGAAAACGGGGCCGAAUGCUCCGACUCCGACAAUUGCUGGAGCAGCCGAUUCAGAGAAGCAUAUUACGUUCUUGGCCCCGUCGCCGUACAAUGAGAAACCGGAGCAAGUCGAUAUAACUAACAUUCCGCACUUCAAAGAUCCCAACUACAUCAACCUGCCCCAGUUCACCGGAGUUCCGGAACACAGCAGACCCAUUUUCCAGCAGGAGAUGCCACCUCUACACACGACUCCAGACGCAGAGAACAUAUUCCAGGCACCCAAGUUCCCCCCUCCAUGAAAGAGACACCAUAGUGGACAGAGAUAGAUUGUUGUUGACAGACUUCAAGUAGCUCAUAAAAGAUCUUCUCCCAUCCAAUUUUUUCUCUGAAUUUGUUGGCAAAAAAUAUUACCUGAAACUUCUAUUUAAUAAGAACAAAUUCACAAAUUAUCCUAAAUUUGGUAACUUAAGAAUUUGGAAAAAUAAGUUUGAUCUUACGCCUCAAAUGAAACCUUAAAUGUUUCAACGUUAGCUUGGGUCUACGUUGUUAAUUUGUCAGAGAGUGGAGAUUGGGAAAAGAUCUAGGAAUCAUUGUACAAAUUAUCAGAAAAAGUAAUAAUGAAAUUGUAUAUUGUAAAUACAUUGUUGCUGAAAGUUGUACCUAUGUAAAACCACCGAAUCAAUUGAAUAGAAAUUAUAUCAGGUUU